AUGUUGGAAAACUACACCCAAGCAGGCCAGAACCACAUUGUCAAAGCCUACGAUGCUUUGAAAGAUCCGCAGCAACAGCAACAAUUCGCUGCCCAACUUUCCGCUAUCGAGGACCCCGUACACUUGGUGAAAACAGUCCAACAGGCAAUCCAACAUUCCAGUGAGGCAGCAGCAUCCAAGGAGUUGGCCCAGCUUCCCGGCGAAUGCACGGCCUCGGUCUUGGAUCAGGACCAGAACGAAUUGGCGCAGUGGCGCGCCUUGGGCUUGGACGCGAUCGCCAAAAACCAGGUAGCGGUGCUUCUCUUGGCUGGUGGACAGGGCACGCGUUUGGGCUCGCUGGAUCCUAAGGGCUGCUACGACAUUGGCUUGCCUUCCGGAAAGUCGCUUUUCCAAAUCCAAGCAGAGAAAAUCUUGCGCAUCCAGCGUCUUUCUGGAGAGAACGCUACUGUGCAGUGGUACAUCAUGACCUCUGGUCCUACUAGGGCCGCCACAGAGGCGUUUUUCGUGAAGAAUGACUACUUUGGCUUGAAGAAGGACCAAAUUAUGUUUUUCAACCAAGGCACGCUUCCGUGCUUCGAUCUUGAGGGCCGCAAGAUUUUGUUGGAGAGCGAAUCGUCCAUCUGCGAGUCUCCGGACGGAAACGGUGGUUUAUACAAGGCCAUCCAGACCGCCGGCGUCCUCGACGAUAUGAAGAGUAAAGGCAUCAAGCACGUUCACAUGUACUGUGUUGACAACUGUCUUGUGCGUGUGGCAGACCCUGUGUUCCUUGGCUUUGCCAUGCAAAGAGGUUUCGACUUGGCUACAAAGGUGGUUCGCAAGAGAGACGCUACUGAGUCUGUGGGGUUGAUUGUCAUGGACAAGGUAUCUAACAAGCCUUGCGUGAUCGAGUAUAGUGAGAUUUCUAAGGAAUUGGCCGAGAAGGCUGACCCAGAGGACUCCUCGAAGUUGUACCUCCGCGCCGCCAACAUUGUCAAUCAUUACUACUCUGUUGAGUUGUUGGACAGAAUGCUUGCCAAGUGGACGUCGUCGCAAGAGUUCCUUCCUUUCCACAUUGCCAAGAAGAAGAUUCCAUGCUUGGACUUGGAGACUGGCGAGUAUGUUAAGCCCACCGAGCCCAACGGCAUCAAAUUGGAGCAGUUCAUUUUCGACGUCUUCCUGUCGGUCGAGCUCGAGAAGUUUGGCUGUUUGGAGGUUGACCGUGCAGAGGAAUUUAGUCCGUUGAAGAACUCCAACGCUGCCACCAAUGACAACCCCGACUCGUGUAGAAAGCAUUACUUGGAGUUGGGUACCAAAUGGAUUCACGCACAGGGCGCAAUUGUAUCCGAAGGUGAUUUGGUGGAAGUUUCAUCUCUCGCAAGUUAUGCGGGCGAAGGCUUGGAGUAUCUCCAAGACCGUGCUGUUCUGGGAGAAGUUACUGGAGCCUAA